GGGAAGCCCACGGCACGCAUGCGCAGUGUGGGACCCGCCGGACCGGUGUCUUUGCGGCCGCGGUAGCCGCCUCACUGCCAGCUAGUGCGAGCCGGGAGGAACCGAGAGGGGCGCCGCCGCCAUGGGGAGGAAGUCGAGCAAAGCGAAGGAGAAGAAACAGAAGCGGUUGGAGGAGCGAGCGGCCAUGGAUGCUGUGUGUGCCAAAGUGGAUGCUGCCAACAGGCUUGGAGACCCACUAGAGGCAUUCCCAGUGUUCAAGAAGUAUGACCGUAAUGGGUUGAAUGUCUCUAUUGAAUGUAGGCGAGUAUCUGGACUGGAGCCAGCCACUGUGGAUUGGGCCUUCGACCUGACCAAAACGAAUAUGCAAACCAUGUAUGAGCAAAGUGAGUGGGGCUGGAAGGACCGAGAGAAACGCGAGGAAAUGACAGAUGACCGAGCGUGGUAUCUCAUUGCUUGGGAGAACAGUUCUGUCCCCGUUGCCUUCUCUCACUUCCGGUUUGACGUGGAAUGCGGGGAUGAAGUCCUGUACUGCUAUGAAGUGCAGUUGGAAAGCAAGGUGCGUCGGAAAGGCCUGGGGAAAUUCCUCAUUCAGAUUCUGCAGCUCAUGGCCAACAGCACACAGAUGAAGAAGGUGAUGUUAACGGUGUUUAAACACAACCACGGUGCCUACCAGUUCUUCCGAGAAGCACUACAAUUUGAAAUUGACGACUCCUCCCCCAGCAUGUCUGGUUGCUGUGGGGAGGACUGCUCCUACGAGAUCCUGAGCCGGAGGACCAAAUUUGGAGACAGCCAGCACUCCCACACAGGCGGGCACUGUGGUGGCUGUUGCCACUGAGCCGGAGUGGCUUGCAAGUGCAACAUUCUCCUUAGGGCUAUCCUCUUCUUUGGUGUCAUGCAGCUUGCCAGGUAUCCCCAGAGCUGUGGGCUCCUCAGGCCUGAAAUGCACCAGGUGUACCCUGAGAGCACAGAACCCUGGGGAACAGUGGUCCAAGCUCACCUCUCUCCUGGAAGAGCAGAGUGCCAGGAGGGGGCUGCAGAGGAGAGGGUGCUGGGGGGAAGAGCUGACAUCAAGGUCCCCAAGCCUGUCCUCAAGGAGCAGCUGCCUCCACACUCCACUCUUGCUCAGGCCCUCAGAUGGAAGGGUCCCCACUUCUCUGCAGCUGGAUUCCAUGCCCCAGAUGGACAAGUGGAAUGUUCACACCCACCUCUGUGAAAGUUAUGGAGUCUGCUGAUUCCCAAAGAGGAUUGCACUCUGAGAUCUGAGCACAGAGCUGACCAUUGGAGAGAGUAAUGCCCUGGGGACUGUGUAGCCCUUUGAUGCUGAGGUGCAAAGGGGCUCUCCAGCCACAUGAGUUCUUAUGCAUCCACAGAGUGGAGUUGUCUCAGGGGACCGGCCAGUUCUAGAAGGAAGGCUGCCUCUCCAUCGCUGUCAGUGAGGGGCUGAGGACCACAGGGGUGUCUUAGUGGCCAACAUGGAGACAACAGCUUCUCUGGGUUUUUAACUUUGCUGCAUCUCCUUGUACUUCAGAAAGGAAAUCAGAGGUCCAGCCUUUUGUCUGUGUUGUCCCCUCACUCUCCCCUGCCUCUUGCCUCAGCCAAAUACCUCCGUUUUCAGUCUCAAGGGGGAGUAACAUCAGGGAGCCCUCAUCUUCCCCAGAAGGACCUCAUUCCUGGUACAGUUAAUGUCAUUGCCUCUCACACUUGGUGCUGAUACCUCUGAAAGUGGGGUGCUCCUCACCAUCAGAGACCCAGCCAGCAGCAGGCCCCUCUGCCUGCACUCCUCAUUCCUGCCCCCCACUGCCUCAGUGAGGCAUUGGUGCCAUUGUCCUGGCCCAGCUUGGCCUACAGCAGGGAAGCCCUUCAGUGGCCCAAGUAGCUGCUUUUCUGUCCCUGGUAUCGCCCUGUACUAGCAGGCUAGAGCAGGGAAAAGCUUUUUUUUUUUUUUUUUUUUUCCUUUUUCAGAAGAUGUGGGCUCAGUAUUUACAUUCAUCCCAAGCUCUAGGCCUUGUUCCUCUUCCAGGGAAGCAAAACCAAAUCCUCCCAGGAAAAUGCACUUGCUGCUUCUGGUAGGCCUCCCUGAGGAGUGUGGUGUAGAGCUGUCCUUUGUGUGGUUGCUCUUUUGGGGAGAGUCUGUUCACCCCACCCUUUAUCCCGAUUCAGGCUGUCUGUCUUGGAGAAGUUCCAGAGCAAUCCUCACUUGCCUAGAUCUCCUGCUGGGGCGGAGACUUGGGCACUUGGGGUCUGGCUUUUUCCUGAGCAUCCUGUGCUGCCUUGACUUUGUCACCCUUGGGGCUGGGUGCUACAUGUAGAGGCCCUUGCAGUUUCAUGUUGGAAUAAGCCUGCCUUUGCCUCCCCAGUGGCCCCUGGGGGACCGUUCCCCUGGUGAGAGGAAGCUGCCUGGAGGGGUUUGGUAUGCUUCUACCCAGAAUCACAUGCUGUGGAAGUUUUUCCUCUGGUUCCUGUCUCACAGGAUACCAACUGACAGCUGUUAUCUUAGACCAUGGAUUUCUGAUGCCUUCCACUCAAGGAAACCCCAGUGCAUACCCCAUGUGAGAUGAAUUUAGUAUGUAUGGUCUUGUCACUGGACACCUGGCACUGGGGCGCACAUGAGUACUCGGUACCAUGCCCUGCACCUUUGUCUCUGCAGGUCACGUCCUGAAGGGCCCUUCAAGUUCUGCUGGGCCAGAGGAGCACUGGCAGAGUCGAGCAAAUCACUCCUGCCGGCCCUGAGCCUAUUGGUGUGUCAGGCACCAGUCUUCCUUGGCCUUCCUGGGUCUUGGUUUUAAGAAGCAGCAGGCCUGUACCAGGCUUUUGUGUUUUGUUUGGGGCAUGUUGAAAUACUUUUUUUUGGUUUAAGUUGUAUCUAUCCUAUUUCAACUUAUUUUUAUUGGUGUCAAAUGUGUAUAUAGCAUAUAUGGUUCCUUUUAACCUUUGCUGGUUUUUAGAGGACACUUGGAAGAUAAAUUUCUUGAUAUAUAUA